CUCAGCUGGGAUUCAUACUGUCGGCUUGUGCACAUCAAAACAAAACCACUCAGCCGUGGAAAUCUGUCUAACCCCAGGAAGAGACGCUUGGAGGAGGGGGAAGUUCCUUAGCCACACAAUGACCUUGACAUUCAGCACAGCGAAUAAGUAUUCCCCACAGCACCAGAUACACCAAGUGUUAUUCGGUUCAUAGUUUCUUAUUGACGUCAAGAGGAAGCAGCAAACCAACAUUUUGUUUUUACACCACUGACUAAGAAGAGAAGGGGAGGACGAAGACUAACCCAGUUGGAUGAUUUAAAGGUAGGCGUGCAUGUCGGCCAGUGUGAACGGUUCUGAUUCCACUACAGCUGCAGGACUAACCCAGUUGGAUGAUUUAAAGGUAGGCGUGCAUGUCGGCCAGUGUGAACGGUUCUGUUUCCACUACAGCUGCAGGCAGAGCUGUGGGGAGAUUUGGUGCUCUACUUAGCCUUUCAGUGUGGAGGGGGUUAUUGGUGUGCCCUCAUUUAGACACAAAACAAGAGUUGAAAAAUAUACAACAACACUGUAUAUUAUCUUUGAUCUGUGGCCCAUUUGUGAAUCCAUAUUAAAUGUAUUCUAUUUGUAAGACUUUUCUAGAAGGAGCGGAUGGGCUAUGGGAAUAUUAAAAUAGUUAUGUUUUGAUUAAGAGGAUGUCUUGAAACAUCACUCAACAUCCCUUUGCAUUGUGGAGGCAUCUUUUUUUACAGAAUGUAGACACUGUUUGCAGUACAAGAAAGCUUUCCAUUCUUGAUAAUAACCUCUGUAAAUUCCAGGAGCCAUGGCAUUCCGAAGUCUCUUCCUUUAUACCUUGAGUCUGCCCGUCCUGGUGCAGAUGCCCAGCAGCAGAGCCUGCAGGACUGGAUUGAGGUCAGAGUGUGAGAAAGCCCCCUUUGUGCCCGGCUACAACCUGGCAGGGGAGGGCUUCGACGUGGUCAGGAUGCGUCGUAAAGGGGCUUACGUCAUCAACGUCAAAGCCCACCUGUCUGACAACCACACAUGUAUUCUCUGUGAGAACCGCUUCCAGAAGGGACAGGUCCAGAGGUUGCCUUCUGCCGUGCUGGACUGGCGUCCAUUGAGCCGCUGCAGCAAGCAGCUGUCCAGUGCCCUGCACCACUCGGUGGACUCCUUGCUACGUAGCUCCAGCUCCCUCAUCAACAACAACUGGGGCAUGGACCUGAGGCUAGAGACUUAUGGCAAGGCAGUGCUGGGGGGCAGCCGCUCCGAAAUGGCCAAGUUUGCCAGAUCCCAGCACAGUGUGGACAAGGCCACCUUUGCCACCCAUGAGAUCAGCUGUACAUACUACAGGUAGGGAAUGGCUUUAUCGUUGACAGCUGUUUUCUAUGGACUAAUCUACCUCACUGUCACUAAAUAGAUUAAAUAUCUAUGCUAAGGUUAAUCUGUGUCGUUCUAUUUGCAUGACUUAUUACAACGCAUAUGAUAACAUUAUGACAACUUACCGAAUCACUAAUCAUUGCGGUAUACAGUAUCCACUAUCCUGUUCCUAGAUCUGUUAGUGUUGAAUAGCAAACACCUACGGUGGGUGUCAUGCCAAACAUGACAAUGACCACUGGAGUUGGCAUGAGACAGCACAAGCUGAUCUGGGACCAGGCUGAGUGUUCUCGAUGAAAAGGGGUUGAUGUAGAUCCACAUGUCCUGUUCUUGAUUUUCCAGUUACAGGCUGGCAGACCAUCCGGACCUCAGCGUUGAAUUUGCUAAACAUCUCAAGAGACUGCCACAAGAGCUUGACAACAAGAGCAAAUUGCUGUACCGGAGGAUGAUCGACACGUACGGCACUCACUACAUACGUCAGGUGCAGCUGGGUGGUAGGGUGAGGCGCGUCACCGCCUUUCGCACCUGCCUGGCCACCCUGAAGGGCUUCUCAGAGUCCGAGAUAAAGACCUGCUUAAAUGUUGAGCUGAAAAUGGCCUUAGGCUUCCUCCCAGCAAACGCGUCCUUCUCCAACAAAUGUGACAACCUCAUAAAGGGGAACAUGAGCAUGGGUUUCUAUCAGGGCUUUAUGACCCACAAGAUUGAGGUUCUAGGAGGGGAAAAGUAUUUCCCCGAUAUCUUGUACAAUCAGGAACCGUCCGAAGCAUACCAUAGCUGGAUGAACAGCUUGCAUGAUAAUCCAGACGUGGUCUCCUAUGCUAUCUUCCCCCUGCACAACCUGGUUGAUGAUCCAGAGGUUAGUGCCAACCUGAGGAGAACGGUGACAGAGUACAUUGAGGAGAACAAGCUUCCUGUAGACCAGGGGGAAUUCAAAACCUGCUCCCCGACCCCUAACCUGGAUCACAACUGUUGUCCUCUACGGGCAGGCCGCGGGAAUCUCAGGGUAAUGGUCCACAGAGCCGCAGGUUUGAGAGCAGAUACCUUCACAAAGACUGAUGGCUAUGUUAAAAUAUGGUACAAUGGCAUGUAUGAGGAGACAGAUACUGUCAUGGAUGAUAAUGAUCCGGUAUGGAAUGUCACGUACAACUUUGGCUCAGUGGAGUUUGGUCAUCAGCUGCUGUUUGAGGUUUGGGACAGAGACGUGCUUUACAAUGACAUGGCAGGAAGAUGUUUGGUCUUCCCUGAACGAGGAACUCAUUCACACAGCUGUCAGCUAAAGAAAGGGGUUCUGCACUUCACUUACAGCUCUGAAUGUGACGCCCACUUAACAGGCUACAGGUGUGGACGGUACUCUCCUAGUACAUAAGGUUUUGGAUCGAAAAUACACCUGGGUCUUAUUCAUUAGUGCACACCGUAUCAAAUUAUUUUGCAACGGGGGGAAAAAACAAGCAUUUCUUAUUUGACAUUAAUAAUGUUGACGUGUUCCAAACAUGGCCUGUAUCAAUAAUUGGUGUUUAUUUUAGAAUGAGGCAGGGAUUCAAUGCAAAGCGCAUUUUGGAGUGUUGCCAUUAAAGUAAACGAUCCCGUUUCCGUUCACAGAGAUCACAGUAUCAGUAACAGAUGCAAACGUCGGCUAAUUCGGAAAUGAUCUUUAUAAUGUCAAGCAUGCUACAAUGUGCCUCGGGGUUGAAUCCUUAGUCAGUCUUUGUUUAUUCCUGUAUCUGUUGUUUACUUAGAAAUACAUGGCAAUAAAGUAGAUUAACC